UUUGUACGAGCAUAAAAAAUAUUAUUUUGGAAUUAGUUUCACCGAGAAUUUAACUCCUUUACAAGCAACUGACAUGGACAGUCGAAAUGCCGCAAUUCAGAGCCGUUCGACCACUUCUUCGACUUCGAUUCGAGACAAAAUAGUAGAUUUUGACAAUCUCCGUGAAAAUGUAGCCGGAAAACUGAGUCUUGAAAACUGGAUGGUCCUGCCGUCGCAUCGAAGUUUACACAUUUUCAGUCUGAACAAAAUGCUGAAUGGAAAUCUGUCGAUACGGAACACAAUUUUCAUUGACGUCAAUUUGGUAGUGAAAGUAUUCGGUGAGGACAACGAUGAGACGCUUUUCAGUUUGAAACUGUACAGCUGGCCACAGUUACAAACUUUGAUCGAACAAUGCGGAGCCCAAGUUAAACGUGAAGUUGACUUGGAAUUUAUUGACGUUGUAGACAAGAGUGCGAACUCUGUCACGAAUACUCGUGAAAUCAAACAUCAGCAAAAGGACACGCUACCAGAUGAAUUUUGUGGUAUAAAUACCAAGCCAGAAGCAGAAGUUUCCGAUUUACAUAAAACGUUCAUUGAGCUCAUAGAAACUUCCAUAUUAGAGGACGAAGCUUCGGGACACAACAGCGAUUUCGUAUCGCAGGGUUCAUUCUUUGACGAAGCCCCUCUACUUUACUCUGAAGAUGGUUAUCACAAUACGCCAUCCACGGCGAACGAGAUACAUAUACGCCAUUCGCAGAUUUGUUCAAUAUGCAGUAAAAGUUGCGUUGUUGGUGAGAUGGAUCGACACAUGCAACAGCAUUUCAAUGGUAAACUUUAUCAGUGCUAUAUCUGUGGUCGGGAAUAUCGACACACCCAUGAUUUGGAAAGGCACGCGAAAUCGAAACACAUUGCUACAAGAGACGAGUUUUUCUGUGAUAUAUGCAAGAGCGGGAGAGUCUUCGAAACCAAAGCAAGCAUCGAAGAUCAUAUGAAGAAUAGACAUUGGAAAGCACCGAUCAAGGAGCAAGAGAUGAACUGUUCUGCCUGUAACAAAGACUUUUUAACGCUUAAACAAUUCAGAACUCAUAUGAGACGACACGAAGAAAUCAAGCGACAACCUUGUCCGAUUUGCAAUAAGAGCUACAGAUGUCUGAGUCGGCAUAUAAAAGAUAUUCAUUUCAACAUCAGAAACCAUGUCUGUGAUAUUUGCGGUUCUGCUUACAAACAGUGGAAUACGUUGAAGGAGCACAUAGAAAUCCAACACUCGCCGCAUGCAGAAUUUUUCUGUGAUAUUUGCCAAGAUGGAAAAGGUUAUCGGUCGAAAGGGUACAUCAAAAAACACUUUGCCAAAGUACAUAUAAAAGCCGGUCAGCGACGAAAAAAUGCCAGGAAACCCUUCUACGAAUGUAGUUUUUGCAACGUCAAACUUCCGUCGAGAUACUCAUUGAAGAAGCAUGUCUCAUUACCGCACAACGAUGGAAAACAUCCGAUUUUUCCUUGUAAAACUUGUGACAAGACGUUCACAUUGAAGAGUUCUUUGGCUGCGCACGAAAGAACACAUAUAUGGCAUAUUUGCCAUGAAUCUGGUCAGCCCAUAAAUCAUCCGGAUUACCUCAAAAAACAUCUCAAACAAAAAAAAGACAUGAACAAGCGCAAAUGCACAAUAUGUCCAAGGGAAUAUGCACGAAAUUUCGAUCUGAGAAAUCACAUGGAAAAGGUGCAUGGUAUUGUUAUUGACUUACCUUACAAAAUCCGAGAAUUGAACACCUUACAAGCAAUUGACAUGGACAGUCGAAGUACCGCUACUCACAGCAGUUCGACCAUUCUUUCGACUUCGAUUCGAGACAAAAUAGUAGAUUUUGACAAUCUCCGUGAAAAUGUAGCCGGAAAACUGAGUCUUGAAAACUGGAUGGUCCUGCCGUCGCAUCGAAGUUUACACAUUUUCAGUCUGAACCAAAAAUCGAACGGAAAUCUGUCGGUACGGAACACAAUUUUCAUUGACGUCAAUUUGGUAGUCAAAGUGUUCGGUGAAAACAACGAUGACAUGCUCUUCAGCUUGAAAGUGUACAGCUGGCCACAGUUACAAACUUUGAUCGAACAAUGCGGCGCCCAAGUUAAACGUGAAGUUGACCUGGAAUUUGUUGACGUUGUGGGUAAAGCUGCGAACUCAGUCAAGAAUAGCUGUCAGCAAAAGGACACGCUUGCAAUUGAAUGUAGUGGUAUAAAUACCAAGGCAGAAGCAGAAGUUUUUGAUUUCCAUCAACCAUUGACUGAGCUCAUAGAAAGCUCGAUAGCAGAAAGCGAAGCUUUGGGGUACAAGAACACUUUCAUAUCGCAGAGUUCUUUCUUUCCCGAAGCGCCUCUCAUUUAUUCUGAAGAUGGUUAUCAGAACGCUGGUCUAAUGUCAUACAAGGCAAACGACAGAUACAUGCGCCAAUCACAGAUUUGUUCCAUAUGCAACGAAAGUUACGUUAUUGGCGAAAUGGAUCGACACAUGCAACAGCAUUUCAAUCGCGAAUCUUAUCGGUGCCAUGUCUGUGGUGGGGAAUUUCGAAGCUUAAGCGGUAUACAAAAGCACAUGAAAUCGAAACACUUCACUGGGAGAGACGAAUUUUUCUGUGAUAUAUGCGAGAGUGAAAUAUGUUUCGAAACAGAAGCAAGCAUCGAGGAACACAUGAAGAGUAGACAUUGCGCAGAGUCGAUUAAGGAGCAAGGAUUGAACUGUUCUACUUGUAACAAAGAUUUUGUUACGCUUAAACAAUUCAAAGCUCAUAUGAGACGACACGACAAAAGUAUGUGGAAACCGUGUCCAAUUUGCAAUAAGAGUUACAGUAGUCUGAGUCGUCAUAUGAAUGACAAGCACUUAAACAUCAGAAAUCAUGUCUGCGAGAUUUGCGGUUCUGCAUACAAACAAUGGGUAUCAUUAAAGGAGCACAUAGAAACCCAUCACAUGCCGCAUGAAGAAUUUUUCUGUGAUAUUUGCAACAAUGGGAAAGAUUAUCGUUCGAAGGCACACCUCAAAAAACACUUUGCCAAAGUACAUGCCAAAGUUAAUCAGCGACGAAAAAAUCUGUGCAAACCCUUCUACGAAUGCGAAUUUUGCAACGAAAAACUUUCUUCGAGAUACACAUUAAAGACGCACCUUGCAACACGGCACAAUGUUGUUGGAGACGAUUCAAAUUUUCCUUGUAAUGUGUGUGACAAGACGUUCACAUUGAAAAGUUCUUUGGUCGUUCACGCAAAACUGCAUACUGGAAAGCUGCAUAUUUGCCGCGAAUGUGGUCAGUCAUUCAAUCAUCCGAACUACCUCAGAAAACAUUUGAACCGACAUAAAGACAUUAAGAAGCGAAAGUGCACAUUGUGCGAAAAGGAAUAUGUGCAAAAUGUUGAUCUGAGACUGCACAUGAAGAAAGUACAUGGAGUCAUUGUACCAGUACGAAAUAUCAAUAUAAAAAAAAUGUAAAGAAAUUGUAAUCGAAAUCGAUUAAAUAAAUUGAAUUCAUUGAACAGAUGAA